AAAAAAAUCAUCAGUAAUAUUAGAACUUGGUUGAUAGAAUGUUCUGCUUGUCUUCACUGUUAUUAGUCCGUACAAAUUAAAUUAACUAAAUUUUAUUAAAUAAUUUUUAAAAAUGAAUUUUCUUUCCUUCUUUAUUGUUUUCUACUCAUUUCUUAUAGAAUUAAAUGGAAUUAAUGGUUAUCGAAUUUUAGCAAUAUUUCCGUACAAUGCAAGAAGUCACAAUAACGUUUUUGAAGGGGUGACAAAAGCAUUGGCAAGAAAUGGACAUCAAAUUGAUGUUGUCAGUCAUUUUGAAUUAAAAAAACCACUUAAAAAUUAUAAUACUAUUAUCAAUUUAGAAGGAACCAGAGAUAAUUUAGUGAAUAAUUUUACAAUUCAAAUUAAUGAGGAUCCAAUUGAUGAUCAAUUUAGGGAAGUAGUUGAGAAAUAUGGAAAUGAAGUUUGUGAAUUGUUGGGUCUGCCAGAGUUGCAAAAUUUAAUCAAGAAUCCACCGCAGAAUCCACCUUAUGAUCUUUUUAUUACUGAGAUGUUUUGUGCACAAUGCUUUAUUGGAAUUGGACAUGUUUUGAAAGUGCCGGUAAUCACGAUUUCAUCAACAAUGGAAGUCUCGUGGUUUAAUGAUAUGCUUGGAAAUCCAAAUUCGGCAGCAACUAUUCCAAAUUUAAUGAGUAAUUUAACGGGAAUUUCGACAUUUUGGAAUCGAUUGGAGAACACGAUUCAAAUGCAUAAAACCAGACAUAUGUUUUACAAGUACAGCGGAGAUGCACAGACAAAAGCGAUGAGAAAAUAUUUGGAUCCUAAUAUGCCGGACAUAAGACAGGUGGAAAGAGACACUGCACUAACAUUCUUCAACUCAUUUUACACUUUACAUGGUAUUAAGAGUAGAACAGCAGCUGUAAUUCAGAUUGGUGGAAUUCAUUUUGAAAAUUUCGAAACCGAAUUGCCUUCGGACUUUAAAGAAUGGAUGGACGAAAGCAAAAAUGGCGUUGUAAUUUUUACAUUGGGAUCAAUGGCACUAAUCGAAUCGUUACCAAAGGAAACAAUUUUGGCAUUUUAUGCAGCUUUCGAAAAAAUAGCGCCCAUCAGAGUUUUAAUGAAAAUUGUCAACAAGGAAAAAUUACCACCUGGACUUCCUGCCAACGUUCGCAUUUCUACUUGGUUACCUCAAUAUCAAUUGAUACAACACAAUAAUACAAUAUUAUUUAUGACGCACGGAGGACUAUUAACAAGUUUGGAGGUAAUUAAUCGUGGCAUUCCAACAAUUGGAUUUCCCCUAUUUGGAGAUCAGUUUGCAAAUGUUAAUCUUUUGGUGAAAAAAAAUAUGUCCAUCAUAAUUGACUAUAAAACAAUAACGGAGGAGAAGUUGACAAAAGCUUUGAAUUCUGUUUUAUUCGAUCCCAUUUACAGGGAGUCAGCGAAACGUGAAUCAAAAUUAUUUCGCGACAGGCCAUUUACACCGAGUCAAACUGUCAAUUAUUGGGUUGAAUACAUAAUUCGAAAUGGACCAAAUGUUUUAAGAUCACCAUCAGUCGAUUUACAAUGGUGGGAAAAUGAAUUACUCGAUGUUUAUGGAUUUAUAGCGCUUUGCUUUUUAAUAAUUGCAACACUACUAAUUGUGACUUUUAUAAUUACUAUGCGUUUAAUUUUUAAAUUGUUUCACCAAUUAAUGACAAAAUCUAUAAAAUUAGAAUAGCUAAAAUUGACUGAAAUUCAAUGUAUAGUGAAUAUGAAGUAUAAAAAUAGAUAAUAAAAUAUUCAAGUAAUUUGUAAAUAUAGACAAAAUUUAUAAAAUUAAAAUAAUUAUUUAGUUAUUAAUCAAAAUAGUUUGACUAUCAUCGACAGAUAUUGUAUAAAAUUAAAGAUUAUAAAAUUAAAAUAAUUAUUUAGUUAUUAAUGAAAAUAGUUUGACUAUCAUCGACAGAGAUUGUAAAUAAGAUAAAGAAUUAAAAGUUCAACAAAGAACUAUAAAUAAGAAUGUAAAAUAAAGAAUAAAUAAUUUAUCAAAUAAUUUUCAAA